GAAAAAUACAAGAUGAUAACGAGAUUAACGAACUUGAUUCUUUCUUUACACACCUCUACCUCUGCCUCUACUCUCUAUCUGUAUCUGUAUCUGUUCUGUAUCUGUAUCUGUCACCAACAAACAAUUAAAGUAGACGCACUUCUCUCUCCACUUCCUCACCUCUACCCUUUCCACUCUCUUUCGCAAUUACAAAUACCCACUUUUUCCGCAUAAACUUUCAUCUUCAGACUCUCUUUUUGCUUGGAGUGAACAAAGCUGUGAAAUUUCCAGUAUUUCUUCAUCGUCUCUUGUGAUUGGGUUUUCUUGAGAAAUGGGCGUUGACUUGAUUCCAAUAUAUGAACUCAAGUUUAGGGGUUGAAAUUCCUGAAUUCUUGAUUUGAGAGAUCGGGAUUUGGAGGAUCCACUGAUAAUGAGUCACUUGUCAGCUAUCCUUUUGGAAUUUCAUCGGUGAAGCUUCAUUCGUCUGUAUAUGUGCCUUCCUUCAUGAUAGUGAUUAUGUCAAAGGAUAAAGACGAGAUUAAAUCCAAGCUCCUGGUGAAUGGGAAUCAGGAAAAAGAUUUGAUAGAUGAGGAGAUUGUAGAUGAGUCGGAGAAACUGUUAUUGCCAAAGAAAGGCGGAUUAUCUACCAAUUCAGGCAAGAAGCAGAAAGUACAGUGGAAUGAUGACAAUGGAGAUAAGCUCACUGAGGUUCUGGAGUAUCAGCCAAGUGAAGCAAGUGAUAUUGAUGAAGAGGAUUCAGAUGCUUGCAUAUGUAACAUAAUGUAAUGGUAUGGUAGUAGACGGCAGACAGAGAGACAAAGAGACAAGACAUGGGUGGCUAAUCUUGGUCUCCUCACAAAGACUAGUUUUAGGGAUGAUAUCUAUACAUACUCUUUAAGAAAGAUGUGUUGUUGUUGUUGUUGGGUCAUAUAUAUAUAUAUAUAUGAUGUAUUCUUAUUCUUAUAUAGCCAGUAGUAAAUCUUCUUUCUGUUUUGGUGGC